AUGCUUCAAAUCUACUUUACUUCUUCCAAAUUCAGGAAAUUCAUACCUGAUUGGAUAGUUGUUAUACUUUUGGUUAUAAUUUUCUUCCAAGUUACAGAAGUAGCUCAACCAUUUGCACGACAAUUCUAUAUCAACGAUCCAACAAUUUCUCAUCCAUUUGCAACCCAAGAACAAGUAACCGAUAACCAAUUAUACCUAUAUUCAGUGUUAAUCCCUAGUCUUAUAAUAAGUUUGAUUUCAUUGUAUCUUGGAGAAUCCAAUUUUGAAAAAUUGCAUAAUUUACAAGUAUCUUGUUUAGGACUUUGGUUAAGUGUCUGUGUCACUUCCGUGUUGACAGAUGUGUUAAAAUGUUGGAUAAGUAAUCCUCGACCUGAUUUUUUAGAAAGAUGUGGACCACAAAAGGGAACUCCUGAGAAUAAAUUGGUGGGAAUUGAAGUUUGUACUUCACCAUUGGGUCCAAUGUACUUAUCUGAUGGAUUAAAAUCAACUCCUUCAGGACAUUCUUCAAUGGCAUUUUCAGGAUUAUUAUACUUGUCAUUAUGGUUGGUUGGACAAUUUAAAUUGAUUCAAAAACGUAAACUGAUAGGUUAUGUUUUGAUUGCAGGAUUACCUAUUUUGGUAGCAGCUUAUAUUGCCUUGAGUAGAACUCAAGAUUAUCGUCAUCAUUUUUUCGAUAUUGGUUUUGGCAGUGCAAUUGGUAUUGUGUUUGCUGUGAUAUUUUAUUACAAGUAUUUCAAUUCGUUAAGUGAUGAAAGUUGUAAUGUACCGAUAGAUUAUAAAGAUUAA